UACUAAAUUUGACAGUGUCAUAAAGUCAUAAAUGAUAGUAGGGUACCGUACGUACCUCGAUUUAUCGUAGUCCUGAUUGUAAUUUAGGACUUCGUCGUAAUACUAAUAUGAAGUAAAGUUAUUGAGAAACUAAUUUUAGGAUUAAAUUUUGGAAUAUAAGUUGUAUUACGUUUUCGAAUUUUUUAUAAAUCUUAAACAUUAAAGUUAUGUAAUAUGCAUUUUUUAGCUCUAACAUGUCAGUAAGGCUUCCUCAACAAAAGAUUGGUAGUGUUCCAUGUGCUGUCGGAUUUUCAUUGUUUACAUGGCUAGGCUUCUACAAGAAAACAAGUGCUGAAGAUGAACUUAUACAUACCAUUAAACAUUGUAUUCUCUUCAUACAGAGGUAUGACUACAUUAAAGCAGAACAACUAUUGCAUGUGGCUCUUAGACAAGCCCAACAGAUGCAGCAUCAGUUAGCAAUAACCUAUAUUUAUGAUGUUAUGGCAAACUUGGCACUUGAAAGAGAACACCUAGAUAAGGCUAAAGACCUUUUUGUUGCUGUCACUCAAAGAAUCAUGGCUGAUGGUGCAACUGAAGAUGAUUUUCGAGUUGUUCAUAUCAGUACAAAGUUAGCAAGAAUAAGUCACCUGAAAAAGGAUUAUCAAACUGCUCAGAUGGGUUAUGAGUGGUGCUUAGAGAAACUAGAAAAAAUUAUCAAAAGCGAUCCUUCAGAGGAGAAAAUGAAGUUAUUUGCACUAGCUGAAGAUUGGUAUGGACGGCUGUUCCUUGAUACUAAUCAAUAUGAACAUGCCUUAAAACUUAUGACCGACUCACUGGAGAAAAUGCAAUCCGUUUCAGAUAUAGAGAAAGAGCACAUAGCAACUCAAAUGAAUGACAUUGGUACAGUUUGUGAUUUAUUAGGUAAAACAGAUGAAAGUCUACAUUACUUCAAAGAAGCAAUUGAAAUUGGAAAAAAACUUGAAAUGGAGUUAGGUACAAUGUAUGUGAAUUUAGGAAGAGCUUACAUAAAGAAAAAAUUAUUGUCAGAAGCAAGAAAAAAUUGUGGACUGGCACUAAAAAUUGGGGUCAUGUCCAAAAAUAAAGAUGUUAAAGAGGAAGCUGAAAACUGUUUUCAAGAAAUAAAAAGGUUGAAUUAGAUAAACUAUUUAAUAUUAAUAUUGUAAACUUAUAAAUAUAUAUUUAUUACAGAAAAUA